UCGUAUUUCUUCAUGUCUCUGUUUUAAAUCUGAUAAUAUGCAAAAAUGUCACGUUUUACCGCGGAUGUGGACAUUUACGACUUUUCGCGAGUAUGUGAACGCGGCAUCAGAGGCGCAGGAGAAAGUUUUAACUGUCAACAAACUGCGUCUCGCUCAGGCUCCUGUUUGCUUAGGUAAAUUCGUCCUUCUGCAAAUUAGUCCUCUCGGAGAGUGAGAGGACAUGAAAAUGUGUAAGAAUCCUGCGGUGUAGAUAAAGCUGAGCUCAGGCAUGGAGAACCGGGCUGUGUCGGUGCUGGACAAACCCGCGGCGGUGCUCACGGUUGUGGAUGUGUAUGAGAUAGCUGCGGUGCUAGGGCAGGAGUUUGAGCGGAUGAUAGACAAGUUUGGCUGCGACGCUCUCGUCGGAUUGGUGCCCCGAGUGGUUCGGGUCUUGGAGCUACUAGAGGCGCUGGUGAGCCGCGGAGCCGCCGGACAGGAGGCCGAGGAGCUGCGGAGGGAGCUUGACAGACUGCGGCAGGAGCGGAGCGACAGACACGAGCAGGAGAGGAAGCACCAGAAGGAGUUGGAGUUGCUGGAGGAUGUGUGGAGAGGAGAAGUCCAGGACCUGCUUUCUCAAAUCACUCAGCUUCAGGCAGAGAACAAGAGGCUGCUGGUGAGCCUCUCACUUAAAGAGACACCGGUCACAGAGGAAGACCUGCAGAAACAUGAAGGAAUGUCAGAGAAAGAAAAACAAGUGAUGAAGAAACUUCAAGACUUGGUGGAUAAACAGAGAGAUGAAAUUCGGGCUAAAGAUCAUGAGCUGACGGUAAAAAAUGAGGAUAUCGAGGCGCUCCAGCUGCAGCAGCAUCGGCUGAUAAGGAUGAACCAGGAGCUUCUUUACAGGAUAGGAGUGAUGGAGGCUCAGGGCAAAACCCUGAUUCAGCAGAGGGCUGAGCUGGAGGCUGCAGCCCAGGCACAACACCAGGAAGCGGGGGCUCUGCGGCUGGAGGUCACCAGGCUGAAAAAGGAGCUGCGGGAGCUGGAGCUAGAGAGAGACGUCGCUGAGAUAGAAGAGUUGCCUCUGUCAAAAUCUGAGAUUUCUUCACCUGCAUCCCCACUGAUGACUUCUGCAGCCGCAGCUCACCUUUCUAGCUCCUUCAAACCAAAUUCAGUGUGGGUGGAGUGUGGAGGAGAUCCAGACUUUCUGGAAAACUGUUUUGAGUGCGACAAGAGUCUUUCCUUUCUCCGAAAGUCAGCAAACGGAGUGGAGAACAAGGAAGAGGGAGAUGAAGAGGAGAACUCACCGGCAUUGUUACAGAACGGAUCGACCGAUGCAGAGCCAGAGGAGGACUCGGACAAGCCUCGCUUCACCCUGCAGGAGCUGCGGGACGUCCUGCAGGAGAAGAAUGAACUCAAAGCUCAGGUAUUCCUGCUGCAGGAGGAGCUGGCAUACUAUAAAAGUGAUGAGCUGAACACUGAGGAGAACACCAGCUCCAUUGUCUCCUCUCCAUCUCCUCCUCCGAGCUUACCUGUGGCUGAUCAGCGUGAAUCAGGAAUAAGACGAUUGAUCUUCACAGCCAUUAUGCCAAUGGUGGCUGCAGGUUUGAUCACGGACGAUCCAACGUUGUUGCCAAUCAGAAGACUUUCCUUCGUAUGACUUUUUUUUUUAACCACACCAUCUCAGCACGAGUUUUCUGACCGACACGCCUGGGUUUAAUGGCUCCGAUCUUCAAUUAUUAAAAACUAAACCCAUUGUGUGUUUUUACAUUUAAAAAUGUGGCGAUUUAAGGAAUUGAUGUUUAUUUUUAUGAUACUUCUUGUUUUUAUUUUUGCUACUUUGAGCUUUGCAUGAACUUCAGCAGUUCAAAUGUGAGGCAAAUGGCCAUACCUGGAUGUUCUCAGGUGUUUUUAUGACCUGUCACGGUCAUAUUUUAUGUCUUUGGAAAGUCACCACCUGUAAGUGCUUUAUGCAGAUAUACCGAGGAAGAGUUUUGAUGCUGCACAUAUCAGAAACGUUAUAUUAGCAUUUAAGCUUCUUAUUGCAUGGCUUGAUCCAAAUACAUAUACACAUAUACAGAGUAUCUGUUGAGCCUAUAAACUGAAUGUCUUGUUUGGUUCAUGUUGUGAUCCAUCUGAUGGCAAAGUAAGCACAUGAUCAUGAAACUUGAAGUGCCUUUAUUCUAUGAGCUAAUCAUGAAGAGAGUGCGCUGCUGCUAAUCACUACAGCCUGGCACCAAACAUCGUGGUGUACACUGGCAAGUCUUAAUCUCCAGGAGAAGUAUAUUCCAUCAUUACUGAAUACUCUAUAAAUAAUAUCAUAACUACUGGUAUGUGCCA